AUGUCAGUUAAUGUCAUGCAUUCAUUGACAGCUAAUGAGGAUUUUGUAUUCUUAAACCGCGUUCGAGCCUUCGAAGAAGGUUGUGGUUGCCGAGAUAUUAGAUCAGGCGAUCGCCAUCCACGGGUGCAAAACCACCAUAACUUCAACCACGGCUCACACUACAAACGAAAACACCAGAACCCAAACAGAAUAAUAGAAGACAGGAUGUUUGUCAAAUCCCCUCAUCUAAUUCCCAGAUCCGAACUUUGUAACUCGCUCCAGAAAGGAAAGCCGAGCGCGAUCGAGACUGGCAUACCGGACACCUUCGGUGCUGCACGACACCUUGUAAUUCUACGUCCAGAUCAAUUCGCGAUAUCUACUGUCAAUAGUGGUAGACCGAGUAGCUCUGCCUGCCUCCAUCUUUCAAAGGACCGAGUAGCUCCGCCUGCCUCCAUCUUUCAAAGGACUGAGUGGCUCUGCCUGCCUCUAUCUUUCAAAGGACCGUACUGUGACAGCUGCCCGCCUCCAAGGGCCGGAGCAGUCAAAGUCGACCAAAAAUCCACAGCAUGGUUUUACCAUCCAACAAACUCCAACCUAGCCAGAAAGUUUUAUAUCAGUGGUCUAUGCUCAUUCAAAUAA